GGGGGGCGCUGGGGGCACAGCGAGGCCGGGCUGAUGCCAUGGUGGAGCUGCCUGGGGGGGCAGGCAGGGAUGGGGAGCGCUGGGGUGGUCCCCGGGGGGGCACAGGGCACGGGGCGAUGCCUUUUCCUCCAGCCCCAAAGCCCAGCCCUGGCUCCCGGCUCUCCUGACCCGUUUCUGUCCCCAGGGCCGUUCCCAGGCCAGCCCUUGUUCCCGGGCCCGGCCCCCCCCGGGUACCCCCAGGCUCUGCCCCUGCCGCAGCCGCCCCCCUACCUUGACCCCACCGCUGCGUACCCCGAGCUCUACCGUCUGAGCUUCGUGCCCCUGGGCGCUGCCGGCAUCCCCCCCGUGUCCCCGGCGUACCCGGGGGCGUCCCUGUACCUGCCCCUGGCCCCGCCGCUGCCCCUGGGGGCUCUGGGCUCCCCCGUGGCCUAUUUGCCCCUGGGCCAGGUGUUCCCACCAGGAUCCACCGUGCUGCUCGAGGGGGGCUUUGACACCGCUGCCAGGCUGGGGACAGGGGGCACUGCCAGCAUCCCGCCGCCGCCCGCCGGGUGCCCCCCGGGUGCCCCCCCGGUGCCCGUCCCGCCCGGAGCCGCCGUCCUGCUGCCCCCGCGCAAGGGGGGCUUCCUGGGGGGGGCCGGGGGGGCCUUCAGCCUCUGUGACUCACACCUGCAUUGAUAACCAAACCUCGCAAGAUUGGGAGGAGCACUUCAGGGAUCCUCAGUCGGGUGUUUUCCUUCCUUUUGGUUGUUACUUGAUGAAGAAAGAGCUCAGAUUCGACUCUAUUUUAUCUUAAUAUUUCACUUUAAUCUGAAUCUGUGUUCUGUGUGAGUGUGACCAUCCCUGACUGCUCCCGAGCUCAGCUCUCGGACUCUCUGUGCUGCACUGAACUUGUGGAGUUUUUAUACUAAAAACCAAAAAUAAAAUAAAGAUUAUUUUGAAAAUUUAAA